AUGAACUUCACAGGAGCUAAAGCAGAGGGAAAGCUGGAGAGGGGGGUGGGUCAGCUCCGAAGGCCAAGCCCGCUGGGGUUCUGCUCCGCAAACCCGCCCGCCUACCGGGUGAGCCCAGGACAGCACCUCCGCGGGCUCGGGGGUGGUGGUGGGGGUGGUGGGUGGGCUUGGGGGCAGCACCCCGCCCCCCCCGCCCGGCCUGCGAUUGGCUUGGGGGGCGCGUGUGCCCGCCCCGGCGAGGAGGGAGGGUCCCUCUGGGCGCCGGGUGGGAGGAGGCGGAGGAGGGGCGGAGAGAGCGGGGGCCGGCCGGGAGCGAGCAGGGGGCGGGGGAGCCGGGUUGCCGCGAUCCGAGAGCCGGUUCCGAGAGGGGCGGGGAGGGAGGGAAAGCCCGGCGGGCUGUGCGCCGCCUCCGCGCGUAGAGAGAGGCGCCGGGGCGGCCGCCCGCUGCACGGCGUGCUCCCGGGACCGCCGGCCCGUGCGGCCCCGCAGCCUUUCCGGAGGAAGCUGCGCCGGCAGCGGCCCCGACUCGCUCUCGGGCCCCCUCACCUGCCGGCCCCCGGCCCCCCUCGGCGGGACGCGCACAGGGCCGGGCGCGGGGCCAGCCAGACCCGGAGCAGUGAGGACUCGGCCGCCCGUGCCGCAGCCCAGCCGCCCGGGAGUGCCUCCGGCCCCACGCGGGGCGCCGGCUCCAUGGCGACCGGGCUCGGGGAGCCGGUUUACGGACUUUCGGAAGACGAGGGAGAGUCGCGUAUUCUCAGAGUGAAGGUUGUUUCUGGAAUUGAUCUCGCCAAAAAGGACAUCUUUGGAGCCAGCUGGUGAUUCGAAAUUUAAAACACACACAGACUAGAGGGCAUUGGAGGAAUGUGGACCAAAACCUUUUUAUCUCCU